AUGGACCCGCCAGACUCCAAGGCAGCGGGCUCCCCGGCGCUCAAUCGCCCAAAUACCGUGAGCGGCGCACCUAGCCAAACUAACCUCUCCACAUCCACGGCGCAAACCACACCAAGCGCAACCACACAGCCCUCAAUAUGGGCCUCGCACAACACGAUUGGCUCUGCGUCAAAUUCUUCAGGCCCAUCCUUCCCGCAAUUCUCGGCUGCCACGGCCGAAAUCCUCAAGAGGUUGCAGGCAAACCAAGGCAAUGCGACUGCCGGUACCGCUGCGUUCGAGGCCAAGCGAGCAGAGGUGCUACAGAACUACGUUACGAGCGACAAGCUUCCGACGCCCCCGCCAGUAGCUGGAAACGGAAGGAGGGGCAGAGGCGGAAGAGUUGGAACGCCAUUGAAGACAGAGAGUGGCGCGGGCUCGGCGGGGCCAACACCUGCUUCAAGAGGGUCCGGCAGAGGCAGAGGACGAGGCAGAGGUGGCGGCCGCGGCGGGAAGAGAAAGAGGGCAGAAAGUGAGGAGAGCGAUGACGACUCGGACAUCUCUUCUUCAUAUACGCCGUUGCCAACACGGACGAAAUCUGGCCGCAGCGUGAACAAGCCCGUAGCUUUCGUACCCACGAUACCUGAGCCUACACAGACUGUCAAGCGAAGGAGAUCAACAAAGACAAUACUCGCGGCACAGUGCAAGACCUGCCACCGUGGUACCGAUCCUACCAAUAACCGAAUUGUUUUCUGUGAUAGCUGUAAUACUGCAUACCAUCAGUAUUGCCAUGAUCCGCCAAUAAGCAAUGAAGUGGUCACUGUUCUGGAGAAGGAGUGGUUAUGCGGUCCUUGCGAGCGAUCAAAGCAAAUUGUCAUCGAGGGAACAGGUGGCCUUACCACUGCGGAGGGUUUGUCAAUAGAUGAGAAACGCGCAUAUUUCUCAACCCUCUCGCACGCGCGUCUAGUCUCUCUCCUCCUACACGCUUCAAUACGGCAUCCCGAACUGCCCGUUUUCCCACCCAACGUCCACGACUUGAUCCCAGAUCAAUCAGCACCCACCUCGAAACCAUCAGUACCCAAACCAACCUCACAACCCGCAUCAACAUCAACAUCAAAACCAUCAAAUGGCCAUGGCUCGAUAAGUGGCACUCCGCGCUCCCGGCAACUCACAAACCCAAGCGGUUCAGACAUUGAUCCUUCAGAGGCUCAGCUCCUCGGUGAGAUGAGCACACAGCGUCCAUAUACUAUGAACCCUCCGUCUAUCAACCCAAGUGGUGCACUGGAUCAAGCAGAUUAUGACGAUGGCUACGACUCCGAUCCUCCUGCAAACUACCCCAAAGCCGGAAACGGUUUAGCACGUACACUCCGUCCUGAGUCUGAAGAUCUGCAAUGGCUCGUGGACGACAACUUCGAGGUGUUCUCUCAUGGGUGGAAAGGCGACGGUACUGGCAUGGGUGCUGACGGCGUCCUUGCCGACGCUAUCGAGGAUGUGGAAUCUGGGAAGGCGUAG